AUGGCUACAAAAUUUUAUAUCGGCAAGCGGCUCUCUUACGACGAUCAGCUAUGCACCGUUCGAUACAUAGGAGAAGUCAAAGGCACGAAAGGCGAGUGGCUGGGGGUGGAGUGGGACGAUCCCAUACGCGGGAAGCAUUCUGGCGAGCAUGGAGGCAUUAGGUAUUUUGAAUGCCUCAACAAAAGUUCAACAUCAGGCUCCUUCAUACGCCCAGCCCGCAAACCAGACCCAUCGCGCUCCUUUUCUGAAGCCCUCAAAGCAAAGUAUGCCUCAGACCCAGUCCAGGACCCAUCCAUCCACAUUGUCUUCGCCACCAAGCCCGGCGACAAUGCCCUUAAGAAAGACCCCCUGGCGAGGAUCAACCAGCCCAUCCGAAUCAGUGGAAAAGAGGUGGAAGAAGUCGGCUUUGACAAGAUCAGGAAGCAGCUUGCUCAACUUGGCGAGCUCAAGAUUGUCAUACUCGAUGGCCUGCGGAUGGAAAGGAGUUCUGCGAGGUUGAGAAACGGCAUGGAUGAGUGGGAGAAAGGGCUCACGGACGUAGAAGAGGCGUGUCCGAAAGCUGUCGAACUCGACCUGAGUAGGAACCUAUUCGAAGAAUGGAGGGAGGUCGCGUCAAUAUGCGAGCAGCUAGCAAAGCUGAAAAGCCUACGAGUCGACGGCACUCGCUUCCUUACCACCUCCAUAACCCCUGCCGAGCGCCCCCGCUGCCUCUCCGCCUUCGCCCACAUCACCGAUCUCAAGCUCGAAGACACGCUCCUCCCCUGGUCCGCCCUCGCCUCCCUAACCCACCUCUUCCCCUCCCUAACCGCUUUCUCCGCCUCCUCGAACCUGCUCGCCACACUCACCCCACACGCCCUCACACCAACCCUAACCUCGCUCACGCUAGAGGACAACGCGCUCCCCACACUCGCCUGUCUCGCGCCUUUAACCUCCCUCCCCAACCUCCGCCGCCUCAUCCUCAAGUCCAAUAAGAUCUCCUCGAUUACGGCUUCCCCCUCGGAUGCUGCCCCGGUCUUUUCAAAGAGUGUGGCGGAAGUGGACUUGACAUACAACGACAUAUCAACUUGGUCUUUUCUCAAUUCACUCCCCACCUCCUUUCCGGGCCUCAUAUCACUCCGCAUCAGCCACAACCCGCUCUACUUGCACCUCCGUACGCCCGACGGCCGCAAAAUGACGCCCGAAGACGGGUACAUGCUGACCAUUGCGCGGCUGUCCUGCCUUACCAUCCUCAACUACUCCCCGAUUACGGACAAAGAACGGCUCAACGCAGAGUCAUACUACCUCUCGCUCAUAGGCAAAGAGCUUGCCUACGCGCCGGAAGCCGACGAAGCGGCGAUUCUGGAGGACCACCCAAGGUGGAAAGAGCUGUGCGAGGAGUAUGGGGAGCCGAGGGUGGAGCGGGAGAGGGGCGGUGUGAAUCCCAACUCGCUGGCCGCGCGGCUUGUCAAGCUUCACGUGUAUCUCAAAGAGCAGGAAGGAGGGAAUAAGAAGACGACGGUGCUGGAAAUACCCGCACGCUGCACGGCGUACACGCUUCUCGGUCUCGUAGGCCGCGCUUUCGAUCUCCCGCCAACAAAGCUGCGGCUGGUCUGGGAGACGGGGGACUGGGUGCCUGCCGCGCAGGCAAGUGUGGAUGUGGCUGAGGCAGAGAGUGAAGACGAGGACGAGGAUGAAGAGGAUGAAGAGGAUGAAGAGGAUGAAGAGGAUGAAGAGGAUGGGGAGGGGCAGAGGGUGGAGAGGGAGGUUGAGAUAGUGGCUGGGACGAGGGGCGUGGGGACGUGGGUUGAGGGGAUGGAGGGGACUAUCCGCGUGGAGCUGCGGUGA